AUGGGGAUUACCGAAAAUGAUUUUGCACCAAGAACUCCCUAUGGUUUCUCAUAUUAUCAGUCAAACCAGGUGGCCUCACCAUCCUCUUAUACAAAUGGCUGGGGGACAAGGAUUACUUACAAGACAGUGGAAGAGAGAGCGCAAAGACAGCCUCUGAAGAGACUAGAGGUUUCACCCCAACGAGGUCCUGAAAGAUUAGCCUAUGUGUCCAGUGAUUUUCACUAUGACGGAGGGAUUUCAACUGGAUUCUCCAUGAGGCAUGGAGAUAGCAGGAGAUCCAGUGGGACUGUCCCACCAAGAUAUGCUCGGUCUGAAAUUGUUGGUUACACUCUUCGUGAUUCAGUGAACAGGGGACGCUCUUUUAAGAGACACUCCAACAUGGGGGCUGUUAAUGAUGCCAUCCUUGAUGGUGUCUACCCCAGCCCCACUGUACCUCUGUACCAUCAAGCAGGCAACAGUCACAGUAUGACCAACCUUUUGGAGAAAGAGAACUACCUGACCUCAGGCAGUGCGAUAGGACAAGCGAGAUCACCAAUUGCUUCCUGUUUGGGGUCUCAAAACAGGCAAUCUUUAAGGUCCAGCUGGUACCAAACUACUUUCAAAAGCACACAGACCAGGAGGGAAGCUUCCCAGCCAACUUCAAUAACCAGUGUCACUGCAGAAACAGAUGGGAAGAGGAUGCCAUUGACAGCUGCUAUGGCAGCAGCAGGGAGAAACGGUUUCCUGCAGAGCGAACAAGUCACCAUCAAUGGAUCUCAGCUAGGGAGCCCAGAAGGGGAAAUGACUCUGGAGCGUGCAGUGAGCAUACUGAAGAGUGAAAAUACACAGUCCACACCUAGGAUUCUUGCUGCAGUGACUUUCAUACAGCAUGAGUGCUUCCAGAAAGCAGAUGCCAGAAGAAAAGUUUUCUCACUUGGUGGUAUCCCCAAACUUUUACAGUUUCUUGACGUUCAGAACGAGGACAUUCAGCGGGCAGCAUGUGGUGCUCUGAGAAACUUGGUGUUUGAGGACAACGACAACAAACUGGAAGUGUCAGAGCAGAAAGGGAUCCCACUCUUGCUCCGCCUACUCCGACACACCAGGGAUGUAGAGACUAAAAAGCAAAUAACAGGUUUGUUGUGGAAUUUGUCCUCCAAUGACCAGCUGAAGCACCUGUUGAUUACAGAAGCCCUGCAGACGCUGACCGAAGCUGUUCUCAUCCCUUACUCGGGCUGGCCAGAUCGUGAUUACCCCAAGUCAAGUGUUUUACCUGACCCUGAUAUCUUCUACAAUGCCACAGGAUGCUUGAGAAACAUGAGCUCUGCCGGCCCAGAAGGAAGGAAGAAGAUGAGAGAAUGCGACGGCUUGAUUGAUUCUCUUGUGUAUUAUAUUCAAGGAGCUAUUGCAGACCACGAGCCCAAUGACAAGGCCACAGAGAACUGUGUGUGCAUUCUUCACAAUCUUUCCUACCAGCUAGAGAUAGAGCUCCCUGAGAGCUAUGCCCAGAGCAUAUAUAUGCAAAGAAGAAAUAUUUCUAGCAAUGAUAAAACAGCGGGCUGUUUUGGAACACGGAGCAGAAAAGUGAAAGAGAAGCAGCAGGACACCCCGCUACCUGAGGAAAAGAGCAAUCCCAGAGGUGUUGAAUCGCUCUGGCAUUCCACACUGAUUAGGAUAUAUCUGUCCUUAAUAGCAAAGAGUACCAGAAACUAUACCCAGGAAGCAUCCCUGGGAGCUCUUCAGAACCUCACAGCUGGCACUGGACCAAUGCCGUUUGCGGUGGCCCGGACUGUUGUUCAGAAGGCAAAUGGCCUUCCAAGUAUUCGAACUAUGCUGCAUGUAAGCCACCCAACAGUAAAGAAGACAGCAGUCUCACUGCUCAGGAACUUGUCUCGCAACACCUCUCUGCAAAGUGAUAUAGCUAGAGAAGUUUUGCCUGAUUUGGUCUUGCUACUUCCUGAGUCUGUCCUGGGGUCUGAUAUUGUCUGUGAAACCACAGUGUCCAUCUGCUACACCUUGUACAACUUGACACAGAGCAGUUCUCACAAUGCACGGCUUCUCCUGAGUGCUGAUGGCCUACCAAAGAUUAUUACCAUCAGCAUGAAUGACAGUAACAUGUUCAGCAAAGCUAGUAGGGCUGCUUCAGUCCUCCUCUACUCCUUGUGGGCACAUACCGAUCUCCACAGUGCUUACAAAAAGGCUGACUUUAAGAAGGCAGAUUUCAUCAACAGCCGGACCACAAAAGCCUAUAACUCACUAAAAGAUUGA